AUGUCAUUUGAACGAGGCUUUGUAGCCGAAUCUCAAACCGAUUCCAUUCUUCCUCGAUACAAGUCACCAAUUAUCCAAAUCAACUAUAAAGAUGCCCUAUUGGCGCCCGAUGAUGUACCGAAAAUCUUCUGCCCGCCAGUUCACCUCCCAGGUUGCACUGAGGCUAAUGGGAAAGGGGGUUUCACCAUUCUUGCCGGUGAACAGGGCUUGACUGUCGAACUUGCUGACUCCAAAUCGGGAAUCGGUUGUUCUGCUCAGCAGUCGAAACCGAUGCUCACUACUCAAAAGGAGCCAGCAUGCACAGCCGGGAAGCGUGACGCCGGCGUCUACGAACCACUUGCAUUGGACCGAAUCGGACCAAACUCCGUCUUGUCACCAUGGGCAGCCGAGCCUCAGCAGUCCUCGACUAGAAGAGAUGAAAGGGUAUCAUCGAAAGAUGCCACACCUCGGGCACCAGACAAUAAACGAUGCGUCAGCAGUUCUUCUUCUUCAACGCCAGCAUCAGCAACGCCAUUAGUGGCCGAGUUAGACGGACCGUUUGAUCCACCCUGUCAGUUCAGUGAAAGAGACACUUUGGUCCGAAUCUACUAUCGAGCCUCAUUGCUUACCUCGCAGUUUCUCGGGCUGCCGCUAGCCAAAGCUGUUGUGUUGCCUUGGUGCGGAGAGACGUCUUCGUAUCCUAGACACAAGGUGGCCACAACUGCAGUCGUCACACCAGCUGCCAACACAACAGCAAUCUCCAUUCCCUCGGCAACCCAGGUCCGAAUGGCAAAGACAAGUCUGAGUCUGUCCACUCAAGCCUCCUUGAACCGUCCCGGGGAGGGGGAGUUGAUUAAAGUUGGGCAUAUUCAAGCGGAAGAGACAAGAGACGGUGCUACCAAAGCCAUAUCUGAAACAGACGGAAAUAGGCGGCUGGAUUGUCAUCGCAUUUUGGAGAACGAUAUGUACGUCAAUAUAGACAGGUAA